GACCGCGUCGCGACGGAGCUGCCGCCUGUGAGUCGCUCGGGCUGCGGCGCCGAGGCCGGACGCUGCGGGGCGGCGGGGCCCCAUGGGCCUCUCCAAGAGCAAGGAGCGACUCCGGAAAGGCGAGGAGCCCAAGAAGGGGCCCCCACACAUCAUUCCGAAGCCCAAGGAGAAACCCUUGGAGAAGCACUCCUCGGAGGCCAAGCCGGCGGACAGGGAGGCCGAGAAGCCCCCAGACAGCCUGCACCCGGGCACCGUCAAGGGCCAGAGGUCUUCAGCCUCUUCUGAAGCUCUCCUAGCCCAGGUCCAAACUUGCGCACGGACAAGGCCCUGGCUUGGGGUCUUCCUGCUUGUCACCACACGUCUCGUAGCAACGGCCAGCAGCCGGGGGCGUACCAUCUCAGAUGCCCUUCCCAGGCAAGCCUUCGACAUCGGACUGCCACGGCCAGGGUGUCACAGGUGACCACCGCGCAGCAAAGACCCGCAGGAUCGUGGGAAAGUAGUGUGGUUGGUCAGGCUGCUGAGGU